UAUCCGGAAGAAUGAUGGCGAUCCCAAGUUUCGAUCAAAUUGAAUAGUUUUUAAUAUACAUAUUUUUUAAUUAAAACAAGUGUUAAAGAGUGUUUGAAUAAGCAAUUUUUCAAUGUUACUAAAACUAAUAUAUACGAAUUAUUAACGUUUCAUUUAAAACUGUUAUAAUCGAAAUCGGGAAAGAAGCCAACAAAACAAAAGAAAGAAAAGAAGAAAAAAAAAGGCUAAGAAGAGAUUCGAUUUAGUAAUAAUUACACACAAAAAUGCAGAGUAUCGAACAUUGUGAUAAAAAAAAAGUUGAUUGCAAAGUGUCUAGUGUUAGCAGUAAAAGCAAAAGCAGCACCAGCAGCAGCAGUAGCACAAGCAGUAGUAGUAGUAGUGUACCAUCUACAUCAAAAACGACGACAAUUGCGAAUCAUAUCCCAAGUGGAAUUGAAAAAAAUAAUAUGUCGUCGUCUACAACCGAAAUCAAAUUGAAAAAUAAAUGUUGCAAUAAUUCGAAUACAAGUUCAAGUAAAACAGUUAUUGAAAAGUAUACCGACAUAAAUCAAAUAGUUCUUGAUUCGUCUGAAUCGGAUGAAGAAUCUGUUUCAGAGAUUCUUCUAGCAUGGUUGUGCCUUAGACCAGACUUAUUGGGUGAUUUGGACGAAGAAAUUCCAGAAUCAUGUUCGUCGUCAGAUGAUGACCUAGAGCUUGAUGAAACCAAUUUAGGCGAAGAAGAAGAAGAAUCCGAAGAAGAGGAUGAAGAUGGAGACGAUGAAGGUCGAACAGAUGAUGACGACGAAGACUGUGAAGAAGAUGAAGAAAAUGAUACUGUUCCUGUUUUACGAAGUGCUAGCUUAGCCUUAACCGAUGCUGCCGAAGAGCUCAAUCGAAUGCGAACCGACACAUCUCGAGAUCGAAACAUAUUGUCACGAACAUUAAUUGCGGCCUGUGCAGAUAAUGACGUAAACACCGUCCGCAGACUUUUAGGCGAUGGAACGAAUACAAUAAAUGAAGGCACCGACGACGGUGAAUCAUUAUUAUCAUUAGCAUGUUCAGCCGGUUACUAUGAAUUAGCACAAGUUUUACUUGCGAUGCAAGCGCAAGUUGAAGACAGAGGCCAAAAGAAUGAUUGCACACCUUUAAUGGAAGCAGCUUCAGCGGGUCACGUAGAAAUUAUAAAACUUCUAAUAUCACAUAAUGCGGAUGUAAACGCCCAAUCAUCGACUGGUAAUACCCCCCUUAUGUAUGCUUGUGCAGCUGGUCAUAUAGAAGCUGUUAAAGAACUUCUGAACGCCAAUGCAAAUAUUGAAGAUCACAAUGAAAAUGGUCACACACCAUUGAUGGAAGCUGCAUCGGCUGGUCAUGUCGAAGUAGCCAAAAUUUUAUUAGAGCAUGGUGCUGGCAUCAAUACACAUUCAAAUGAAUUUAAAGAAAGUGCACUUACAUUAGCGUGUUACAAGGGACAUCUGGAUAUGGUUCGAUUUCUGUUAGAGGCUGGUGCCGAUCAAGAACACAAAACCGAUGAAAUGCAUACAGCACUCAUGGAAGCAUCGAUGGAUGGGCAUGUUGAAGUGGCGCGACUCCUGUUGGAUUCAGGUGCACAGGUCAAUAUGCCAACCGAUUCAUUCGAAUCACCUCUGACAUUGGCCGCUUGCGGUGGACAUGUUGAUUUAGCAAUGUUACUAUUGGAACGUGGAGCUAAUAUUGAAGAGGUGAACGAUGAAGGAUACACACCAUUGAUGGAGGCAUCACGUGAAGGACACGAAGAAAUGGCUGCAUUACUUUUAUCGCAAGGUGCCAAUAUUAACGCGCAAACCGAAGAAACACAAGAAACUGCACUUACAUUAGCUUGUUGUGGUGGUUUCCUCGAAGUAGCUGACUAUUUACUGAAGAAUGGAGCCGAUUUAGAAAUAGGAGCUUCAACACCGCUCAUGGAAGCGGCGCAAGAAGGUCACAUUGAAUUGGUUCGAUUUCUUUUGGAAAGCGGCGCCAAUGUACACGCACAAACACCAACCGGCGAUACAGCGUUAACGUAUGCAUGUGAAAAUGGACACACCGAUGUUGCCGAAGUGUUACUAAUGUAUGGUGCCGAAUUAGAACAUGAAUCGGAAGGCGGUCGAACACCAUUGAUGAAAGCCUGUCGUGCCGGUCAUAUAUGUACCAUAAAAUUUCUUAUCAAUAAGGGUGCGGAUGUCAAUAAGCAAUCGACUAGUAACGAUCACACCCCCUUAUCAUUAGCUUGUGCCGGAGGACAUCAAGCCGUUGUUGAUUUACUACUGAAAAGUAGCGCCGAUCCAUUUCAUAAGCUUAAAGAUAACUCCACAAUGUUAAUUGAAGCAUCUAAGGGCGGUCACACAUCAGUCGUACAGCUGUUGCUUGAUUAUCCAAAUUGCAUGUAUCAACAACAACAGCAACAGCAACAGCAACAACAACAACAACCCCCACAAGAGCAGGUACAGCAGCAAGUUCAACAGGUAUCACAAGUUCAACAACAAGUCCAACAACAAGUCCAACAACAAGUUCAACAAGAAGUUCAACAGCAACAGCAGCAGCAACACCACCAACACCAUCACCAACAAAUUCAACCGCCAACAGCUCAACAAUCUCUACCUGAAAUCCAACUUCCUUCAGAGAGAGAACUUUCCCUUGCAGGGCAAGUCUUUCCAGAUGCUGGCUUACAAGAAGUUCCUGAAGCUGUCAGAGUUACAAAUCAACAAAUCUUUCAGCAUCAAGUUACACCUACCGAUGCAACAUUACCGAAUUCAUUACAAAAUAUCUUAUUGAAUUCAAAUGUUAAAAAUACACCCAUGGAAGAUUCAAUAUUGGCAAAUAUGCGAUUUCUUCGCAAUCAAGGCUUUAAAGAUGGUUUGGCAUUGGGUUUGGCUAGAUUUGGUCUUGUUAACAACAACAAUAACACAAGCCAAAAUAAUAAUAUAAAUUCGAACGAUAAUAUUAUUACGGCAGGUGCGAUGUCAAGUGAUCCUCCGAUGAUUCAACAACCAAUACCACUUAGCAUGCCGGUAACAUCGGUUGUAACGACCCCGCAUACCAACAAUGUAAAGCAAAAGAGUUUGCUUCGCAAGAACCGUCAGACGCCAGCCCCUUUUGAAUUAACUGUUCCAACACCAAUCGAUCCAAUGCAACAAAAUCGAUUGCAACAAUUUGGAGAAGAUCUAUCGAAAACAUUUGGAUCGGUGACCACACCCAUAGUCACUGAUAAAAACGUGAUGAAACCGAAUUUUCUGGAAGAAUUUAAAUUGCUUGAUCCAACAAAGCAAAAAUCGCCGUUUAAAAUUUCCGAUGGAGAGAAUUCAACAAUACCAUAUGUACCCACAAGUUAUGCAUUGGAUUUGAAUUUAGCAUCAACAAACGUAGCAACAACAGUCAAUAGUACCAGUUCAUCGAAUAUUACCAACUUUUUGCCAAAUACAAGCAUAACAACGGUAACGUCUUCUCCGAUAGCACCAUCCGAAGUAUCGCCAACAACUGCAAUUAGUGAUCGACCAAAAGUUAAAUCAGUAUCAAAAAAGGAUAGUAAAAAUAAUCGAAAAGCAGCAGCAGCAUCUAUUUCGGCGAUUCAACCCAAUCCAGCGUUUACAAAAACUGAACCACCCAAGACCACUCCUAUUCUACAAUCUGAACAACUGCAACUUCAGCCGCCACAACAACAGCAACAGCAGCAACAAGAACAACAAAAUGUCUUAGCUCAACCACCUUGUCAAAUGCCGCAGUCUGCUGUUCAAGUGCCAACAUUUACGUGGCAAAAAUUUGCACCCAAACUGAAUAUGGAACGACCAAAAGCAACAUUGGAAGCGCAUCUAAAGAGUGGUGAUUUUGGUUUAAGUGCUGCAGCAUCAUCAUCACCAUCAACAACCACAACAACAACAACAUCACUAACAAGCGAUCAAUUUCGAAAUCAUGCCCUUAUCUCUGAAGACGAUACAACCGAACAAAUUGCACCGAACGAAAAUAUCUUACAAUUGGUAGCUCAAAUCCCAAAUCAUCCGUUGCAGAAAUUUGCACAGAAAUUGUUGGUUGAUCGACCAAAAGCAAUAUCGGAAGCACAUUCCAAAAAUGCUUCAGACGAUGCAACGCAACCGAAGACAAAUUCGCCAACCACAUCGACAACUCCAGAUAUCGCUGAUAUUUCACGUAUUUUCUUCGAAGUAAUUCGAUCCGAACUAAAUGCAAAUCAAAUGCCAGAAUUUGUAAUCCAUGAAAAACCGUGUUCAGCACAUACUAAUUCUGUUGACUCCAAAUCAAAUUCCAACUCCGAACAGCCAGACUCUACACAGUUGAAGAAUUUCGGUGAUCAGGCAGAUGAUUUGAGUAUGUUUUCGGUUGAAGAAAGUGAUAAUAAGGAUGUUUAUCCAGAUAUAGAGAGUUCGAUGGACGUCUUUAAUACCGAUGCACUACAACAACGUACGCGUGAAACUAACUGCAAUUAUGAUUGGGCUGAUGAUAUUGAUGUGUUAAACGUUUUACAUAGUGUCAAUGACUGGCCGGUAACGUUACAGGAAGUAACUGCGAAUUUCAAUGAAUACACCGAAUAUGCAAAUUACAUUGGCUUGAAUUCCGCCUGCAAAAUGCGUUGGACAACAACAGCACCGACCGGCAAAGUAACUCCAAAUGAAGAACAACAAUUGGACCAUCAAAUGUGCCAGAUUGAACAACAGCUACACCAGCAAUUACAACAGCAAUUUUGCGUUGAACAAUUCCAAUUGCUUAGUCAACUUCAGAAUCAACAGCAAGAUCAAAUGCCAUCGGUUCCAUUGGUUGACAUGCAAAAACAACCAAAAUUGGAUUUGCAAACAAUUCAACCGCAAUUUCAGGCGCCUACCUCACCAACAUCGACGCAACCUAUGGCCGAAUCGACCGCCGAACAUGACCAAAACAACUUUCAAACUUCGCAAUCGCUUCAACUGCUGUUUCAAUUGCCAAAUGUUCAACAAACUGGAACUCAGUCACAAUCCCAAGCUGUGUUAACAACCAUCAAUCAAUCCAACCAUUAUCGAUACGCAAACGCAAAUGUAAUCAAUCAUGGUGUGAUGCCACCGAAUUUGGAUCAACAAAUCCAGGUGAAACAAUCACAACUUCAACAACAACAACAGCAACAGCAACAACAACAGAAUCCUUUGCCGCCGAAUGCCCAUUUUCAAGCAAUUCCCUCUCAAAAUAUAUGUCAACAAGAUCAAGAAACAUCAGUUAACAAUAAUAUUCAGCAACCGCAAACACUUCAACUGCAAACCCAAAAUAAUAUCUCCACAACAAAUAACCUAUGUACAAGUGCACAAGAUCAAACCUGCGCAACACCAGCAGCAUCUCAACAUAAGAUAAAAAAGGUCACGGAAAAAUCACGAAGAGAUCGAAAAUCGUCAGGACGUCAAGCAUCUGUUCCAAAUACAAAUACAAAUACAGCUUUACAACAGCUUGGAAUCACUACUCAAUCUACUUUGGCGGAUAAAACCAUAGACAUUGAUUCCGAAACCGAUUCAAAUCACGAUACUGCAUUGACGCUUGCCUGUGCCGGCGGUCAUGAAGAUUUAGUUGAUUUAUUGUUGCAGCGUGACGCAAAUAUCGAGCACCGUGACAAAAAAGGAUUUACACCAUUGAUAUUGGCAGCAACGGCUGGCCACGAAAAAGUGGUCAACAUUCUCCUAAACAAUGGUGCCGAAUUGGAAGCACAAUCCGAACGAACGAAAGACACACCGUUGUCUUUGGCAUGUUCCGGUGGUCGAUAUGAAGUUGUGGAGAUAUUGCUACGAGUUGGAGCAAAUAAAGAACAUCGAAAUGUAUCCGAUUACACGCCACUUAGUUUAGCUGCCAGUGGUGGUUAUGUGAAUAUAAUUCGACUGCUAUUGAAUCAUGGUGCCGAAAUAAAUUCACGUACCGGCAGCAAACUGGGCAUUUCACCCUUAAUGCUUGCGGCAAUGAAUGGUCAUACGGCCGCCGUAAAGCUACUCCUUGAUAUGGGUUCCGAUAUUAAUGCUCAAAUUGAAACAAAUCGUAAUACAGCGUUAACACUUGCCUGCUUCCAAGGUAGACAUGAGGUGGUGAGUUUAUUACUCGAUCGAAAAGCGAAUGUCGAACACCGAGCCAAAACCGGUUUGACACCAUUAAUGGAGGCCGCAUCAGGUGGUUAUAUUGAGGUAGGUCGUGUAUUAUUGGACAAAGGAGCCGAUGUAAAUGCGACACCAGUUCCAUCAUCACGUGAUACAGCACUUACGAUUGCUGCCGAUAAGGGACAUCUGAAAUUUGUCGACUUAUUAUUGCAACGUGGAGCUGCUGUUGAAGUGAAAAAUAAAAAAGGAAAUUCACCAUUAUGGCUGGCUGCAAACGGUGGCCAUUUGUCUGUGGUGAAAAUUCUUAAGAACCAUAAUGCCGACAUUGAUUCACAAGAUAAUCGUCGAGUGUCAUGUCUUAUGGCCGCUUUUCGAAAGGGUCACACCAAAGUUGUUGAAUUUAUGGUAAACCAUGUAACACAAUUUCCAUCCGAUCAAGAAAUGACUAGAUACAUCGGAACUGUAAGUGACAAAGAGCUUUCCGAUAAAUGCAAGGAUUGUGUGAAAACAAUUAGGGCUGCCAAAGAGGCACAGGCGGUGAAGGCAAAUAAAAAUGCGUCUAUUUUAUUAGAAGAACUUGAUAUGGAGAAAAAUCGUGAGGAAAAUCGUAAAGCGGCCGCGGCCCGACGACGCGAACGAAAAAAGAAAAAGAAAAUGGAGAAAAAAGAAGAAAAGCGUAAACUUAUGGAAUCCGAACAAUUGUCAGAGAAAGAGAGCAAUGGCAGCAACGGUGUUAGUAGUAAUUGCAACAAUAAUAAAAAGAAAAGUCAAUCGGCUAGCGAUAGCAAGGAGGAAACCGAUUCAGGUAUAGAUGUACACAGUCAAGGAUCAUAUUCCAGUGCUGAUAAUAAAACUAACAAUGCCACAACAAAUAAAUCAAAUGAAAAUGUCAACAACAACAACAACAACAACAACAAAAGCACUAACAUUAAGUCUGAAGUUGGUACAACCGAGAUCAAUAAGAAAAAUCAAAAAGGAAAAGAUAAGAACAUCAAUCAAUCGAAGAAAAAUAAAAGCCCAAAUCGAACCCAAGAAUCUGAUGAAGAUAAAGAGACAACGUCAGCCAUGGCGACGACCAAUGUCAAUACCACAACCACUACCACCACCACGACAAAGCCAAACAAACAGCAAAAUAAUAAUGAUAAAAAUCACGCCACUGAACAUAAAAAUCUUUCAAAUAAUGACAACAGUAGCGACAAUAACAAUAAAAAUACCCAUCAUCACAAAGAGAAAGAUGGGAAACAUCGAAACACCAUACAAAAUGAUUCCAACGAAAGGGAACCGCCAACAAAUACCACUCAUAACAGCAACAGUAACAACAAUCGAGGAUCAAAAGACAAGGAUCGAUUGAAUAGCAAAGCCGAAAAUCAUACGGACAACAAUAAGAAUGAAACAAAUGACAAAAGCGACAACCAUUUGAAAUUAAAUUCACAUGAACCAGUUGUGACGGCAUUACACCACAAAACCACCCGAAACGCAACAGUAUCACAGCCACAUCAUAAUGAUGCUAGCGAUGGUGAAAUUUCCUAUUUUAAUUCGAUACGAAACAAGAACAAUAAAGCAACGGCACAGCACGAUAAUUUGAACAAAAUGGCUACAACCAAAGCGAAUACAACACAUACACCAAAACGAGACGAAGGCUGGAAAGAAGUGAGUCGCAAAAGUUCAACUCAACAACAUCCGGCAACUGAUACAGCCGUUAAGAAGAUCAUUAUUCCAACGUAUGCAAUUUCACGUGUUAUUGGACGAGCUGGUAGUAAUAUAAAUGCCAUUCGUGCUGCAACCGGUGCACACAUCGAAGUCGAAAAACAGGGAAAAUCCCAAAAUGAUCGCAUGAUCACAAUCAAAGGUACCAACGAUGCGACAAAACUGGCUUCAUCGUUGAUUGGAUCACUGGUUAAAGAUCCAGAAACUGAUAUUCUUCAAAUGCUACCAAAAGUUACAAGCACUGCUCGACCAGUACCACCGUCAAAUGUUGUCGAAAAAACGGUGACCCAAACAACAACACAACCCAUAACGAGCACAGCUACAAGCAGCGCAAAUGGACCAAAAGCCAUUUCCAAGCCCGUGUCUACCGUUAUUAACUCAAUGAGCACUACCAUUCGAGCUCUUCAUAGCAGCAAUACAACUAGCGUGACUAACAGCACUACCAGCAGUAAUAAUAUUACUAUAUGCAGCAGUAACGUCAUCAACAACAAUAAAAAUGCUGCGGUAGCUCAAGUUCGAACCACAACGAAUGCAACACGUAACAUAGCUUUGAAUGAUGCGACUGUAUUCAAAAAAUCCGAACCAUUUCAAUCGACUAAAAUUGCAACAUCGACCGUUGAUCAUAGUGGUUUAACUGCAUUGAAAAAUACCAUUAAAAAUUCAACAUCCGAAGCAUUUGGAACGUUUGCUGCAAAAGUGGCAUCCGAUAUUAAGCCAAUUGUAUCCAGUGAAAAUAGUCAAAUUCAUUUGUCUCCAAAGCAUAUUGUCUCCAAUCCACCAUUCUCCGCAACAAAUGUCUUUACAAACGUAAGCAAUAUGGAUAAAACUAUUAAAACGACAUCGGCAUCUAGCUACUCGAAUACAAUUACCGAUACGGUUGUAACAUCAACUAUACCCAAUUCAAUGGCUAAUCGUCAUGAUAGAAACAGCGUAUACAGAGAUGUACCGAUGGAUAAAUCAAUUGCUCCACUCGAAGCAACCACAAUUCAGCCACCACCAUCGACCGAUGUAAAAACGUUGCAAAAUCAACGGCAUAAAACUAGCGGUGUUCAAUUGCCAAUUAUACCAAAUUCACAAUCACAUGAAUAUUCAUUGUUUGCUGGUGAAUGGGAAAAGAAACCAUCCGCUUAUAUUGGACGAACUGCUGAAAAAUAUCUGGAAAGUGAUACACUUCCAAAAGCCGAUGCAUCGAAAGCGCCUGGAUAUCGUGGAGCAAAUCUGAAUUCACCGGUUAAUUCGAAAAAUGCAAAACUUUCGAAAAAUGAUGAAAAAUCCACAAAGGAUUUAGAUCAAAAAUCAUCAAACGAUCAAACAUCAUCGCAAAAGAUCAUCGAUUUUAAUACAAAUGAAGCGACUGAUCAAUUGGACUCAAUACCAAAACGUGAUGUAUUGAAAUUGGAAACGGACGAUAUGUCAAGAAGUGAUAAAUUAAUUGAAAAAGAUUCGGUCAUUGCUGAUUUGGAUAAGCCACAAAUCGCACCUCAUAUUUCACCGAUUGGCACAGCACCGGCCAAACUACCACCACCAAUUGGUUCACAACUAAAUAUUGCCACAUCGCAAUCGUCGAUAAAACCAAAUACAUCAGUAUAUGGAAAUACAAGUGAUUCAUUUCCACCACCAAUUAUUCGACCACCAUCGAUGCAAUCACUAUCAUCAUCCCAAGACAUGUCGUCAAGACCGCUAUCACAAUCUCAACUUCGAAUGAUGGUCCCAAUGGAUUCAAUGAACAUGGACACAAAAUCGAAUCAGAAUUGCUAUGAUCCACCGUAUCGUAACAUGAACUAUUCCAAUGUGGAUGCAAUUCAAUCCUAUCAACAAGGAAUGAAUACAAAUCAAAUGUCAAUGUCACGUUUGAAUCCACGUGCGUCUGUCUUUUCAUCAAUGGGAGCAAAUGUGGUGAAAAAUAAUCCGACACAACAACAGUUUGGUCGUAAUAAUAUGUUUUCACAAAAUCCAAAUCAAUCGAUGAAUGCCAAUUAUAAUCCGUAUCAGAAAAUACCAUUCACAAAUCAGAAUACAGGCAAUGCGACUCCAUUUUAUAAUCGAGCACCGGGUCGGCCACAAUCUCAACCAACUGCAAACAAUGGUCGCAUGUUUACGGAAUAUACUCAUUCAACGCAUACAUCACCAAAUGACACCUUCAAUUUGGAACAUACAAAUCUUGUAAUGCCAAUGAAUUCAACGUCAUCGAUGUCACCGAAUGGUAACAAUAAUUCGCAAGCAUCCACAAACAAUAAAAACGUUUUACAACCCGAUGAUAACCGACGCAUGCCACGUCCAAUCGGUACAGAGAGAGCUUCAUGGAAGCAUAAUGUCAACAUCGGUGGUCUCAAUGCCAAUUUGGAAAAUGUGGAUAACAUGAACCAACACUCACUGCCACCUUGGUUGGAACAACAACAACAACCACAAUCUCAACCAUCACAACCACAUUCACAACUUUCAACUGAUCAACAACCACCACAACACUGGAUGCAGUAUCCUCUUUCGGCUAGAAAUCCCUACAAUGAUGACUUGCAUCUACAAGAUCAAUAUCAAGUUCCCAUGGAUUACUACAACUCCAUGUUACCACAGAAUCAACCACCGAUGAUGCCAUCAAUGCAUUAUUCACAAAUGGCUCAACCUGAAAUCGGGCAAGAUUUAUGGGAUCAUGAAAAACAUAAUCAACAAGGAUGGUCAAAAUGGACAAACUAGCCAAUUAGUUUCGUGAAUUAAACAAGUCUUUUUCACUUAUAUUGUUAAAGCUUAAGAAAAUUCAAGGCGAACACGAGAAGAAAUGAUAUUUAACAAAAAUGCUAGGCCGCUCACCGCAAAACAAACGAUAGAGAAAAAAAACCGCAUGAAAAUAUUAAAAAAAAGAACAGCAACAACAAAAAAGAAAAAAAAUGUUUUAUCAAAUUUAGUGCCGUUUACAUUUUUAAAUAAUCUCAAAUAAUUAUUAACUCUUAUAUUCCACCCAAAAAAGCAUUCUUAGCUUAGAGUUUAAUAGAUGAAAUAUAUUACCUACAACAACAACAACAACAAAAAGAAGAAAAAAUAUAGCAAUUGAUAACUUCUUGUUUUGUUUUCCAAAAAUUAUAUAUACAGAAUUGAUUUGAACAAAAGAGAAAAAAAAACCAAAAGAAAUAUUCAACACGAACAACAAAUAUCUUCAAAUGAUUUAAUAUAUAUAUAUAUGUUUAAACCGAUGGCAAAGAAAACAACCCAAAAUCGAAUUAAAUUAAAAAGAAUACAAUUGAGCGAUUUCGAAUUUUUAAUUUCUAGUUCAUGCGAAUUAAAAAUUAAAUUAAAAUAAAAACGAAUUAACAAAAAAAAACACACACACACACAUUUCUUCGAUUGACAAUGUACGAACAUGAGGCGACAUGUGAUCAGGCGGGCAAACCUAGAGACAGACAAAAUACGCACCAAUGAAUAACAUCCCGCUAAAUCGGAAUAUUAUAUACAGAUAACAAAUAAAAAUCAAGAUGCAUAAAUUCAUGAGAUAAGGGCAUAUUUAAAUAAAAAAAAAAUGGAAUAUACACAGCAAUGUGCAUUCGCUGAUGUUUACUUGUUAAUAUUCAUUAUUAAUAUUAAUAGUAAUAAUAAACAUAAAUAAUAUGAGAAUGCCGCUUGAGUCAGCACUCUGUGCAGUUAUAUACAAAUUGAAGGUAUCAGAGGAAUUAUCUGAUUAUUUAGUGAAAUCAAUCUUCUUCUGCUUCUGAGCUCUUCAUUUCACACGAUUAUUAUGAUUAUUAUUAUUUUUCUCCUUUUUGGUCAUAUAUGAUAUAUUGAUAAAUGAUGUAUAGAUUAUCAUUCGAAUAAAGAUGCUAAAUCAAAUA